GAGCCCGGGGACGGAAUGACUCUGUCCAGUCAAUGCUGCUGCUGGAGCUCUCUGCCAAACACAGAAUGGACUGUCAACACAGAAACAUGGCUGCCUCUGCGACGGCCAAGGCGAAUAACAGAGAUAACACUACCGCAGACAGUCCGAAAUGUCCCGGAGAGUCUCCGCCGCAGUCUCGGGAAAUAAUAAAACCCACCAUCAUGGAGCUGACCAAAGAAGUGAGGACGAACAUCCUCUGCACCGUGGAAGGAUGUGGCAAGAUUCUCCCCAACACACCUGCAUUGAACAUGCAUCUCGUUAAAUCGCACAGAAUAAAGAAAGUGUUCACUACAAAUCCUGGAGUCAGAGCCCAUCGGAGGCGCUUCCUCUUCAAUGCUGCUGGCAGAGCAUCAGUGCUGUUCUCCAUUUCAGCAGCAGUUUAUGAUGACCUGCGAAGCUACCACAUCCUGUGA